CUCUUGAGGUUCUGGUUCUUUAAUACAAAGAGCUUCUGGACUCUUGAGGUUCUGGUUCUUUAAUACAAAGAGCUUCUGGACUCUUGAGGUUCUGGUUCUUUAAUACAAAGAGCUUCUGGACUCUUGAGGUUCUGGUUCUUUAAUACAAAGAGCUUCUGGUCUCUUGAGGUUCUGGUACCCCAGUCUGGUUUAUAAAGAGCUUCUGGUCUCUUGAGGUUCUGGUUCUUUAAUACAAAGAGCUUCUGGUCUCUUGAGGUUCUGGUUCUUUAAUACAAAGAGCUUCUGGACUCUUGAGGUUCUGGUUCUUUAAUACAAAGAGCUUCUGGUCUCUUGAGGUUCUGGUUCUUUAAUACAAAGAGCUUCUGGACUCGUGAGGUUGUUUGUGAUCUGGUUGCUAGGCAGGAUGUGACAGAGAGGAAAAACACAGAACUCCCUGAAGAGAGAACUCGGAGACUAAUGAGACGCUGUUAGAGACGAGGGGGGAGGUGUUUAACUAAAGAAACAUCAGAGGGGUUUCAGUGUUCCUGAGAUCACCUGAAGACCAGGACUAUCAGAACCAUCAGAGAGCUGGAGGACCCGGAUCUGGACUUUAAUGGACGCUCAGAGAGACUCUCAGUGAUCAGCUGCAGGUAGAGAUGGGCUGUCUGGGCGGACAGACGGAUGAAGAGCGUCUGGAUGAGAAAGCGAAGAGAGAAGCCAACAAAAAAAUCGAGAAACAACUGCAGAGAGAGAGACAGGCUUACAAAGCUACACACAGACUGCUGCUGCUGGGUGCAGGAGAGUCUGGUAAGAGCACCAUAGUGAAGCAGAUGAGGAUCCUCCAUGUGGACGGCUUCAACGCUGAGGAGAAGCAGGAGAAGGCCCGGGACAUCAGGAAGAACGUGAAGGACGCCAUCGUGGCCAUCGUGACGGCCAUGUCCACGCUGACUCCUCCCAUGCCACUCGGUAACCCUGCCAACGAGUUCAGACUGGACUACAUCCGGAGCAUCGCACCACUGUCAGACUUCGAAUGCACUGAGGAGUUCUUCGAGCACACUCAGAAUCUGUGGGAGGAUGAAGGCGUGAAGGCAUGCUUUGAACGCGCCAACGAGUACCAGCUGAUCGACUGCGCUCAGUACUUCUUCAACAGGUUGGAUCCUGUACGGAGGACAGACUACACCCCCACUGACCAGGAUCUUCUGCGCUGCAGGGUUCUGACCUCCGGGAUCAUUGAGACCCGCUUCCAGGUCGACAAGGUCAACUUCCACAUGUUUGAUGUAGGUGGACAGAGGGAUGAACGCAGGAAGUGGAUCCAGUGCUUCAACGAUGUGACAGCCAUCAUCUUUGUGGCGGCGAGCAGCAGCUACAACAUGGUGAUCAGAGAGGACAACUCGACCAAUCGGCUGCGAGAAUCUCUGGACCUCUUCAGAUCCAUCUGGACCAACAGGUUUUUAAAGACCAUCUCGGUGAUCUUGUUCCUGAACAAACAGGAUGUGCUCGCUGACAAGAUUCUGGCUGGAAAAUCCAAACUGGAGGAUUAUUUCCCCGAGUACACCACCUACCAAGUGCCUCCUGAAUCUGUUCCAGACGCUGAUGAAGACCCUCAAGUUACCAGAGCCAAGUUCUUCAUCAGAGACGAGUUCCUGAGGAUCAGCACCGCCAGUGGAGAUGCGAAACAUUACUGUUAUCCUCACUUCACCUGCGCCAUCGACACUGAGAACAUCCGCCGCGUCUUCAACGACUGUCGGGACAUCAUCCAGCGCAUGCACCUGCGCCAGUACGAGCUGCUCUGAUUGGCUGCUGAGAGUCACCUGGAGUCACGUGACCAGAAGGAGCUAGAGAUAUUUAAACUUUAUACUAAAAUCCCCGACAUGUACCACUGUGCGUUUAAUAAUUAGAGAUGAUUCAUCAGGAACAGAUCCCGUCUGUCUCCUGCCUUUAUUUAGAGUUUGCCGGUCUGAAGCAGGGGAUUGUGGGUAGUGUAGUUCUCUCACUGUUUCGUUUGAUUAUUAUAUGUAAGGAGACGCGGUACCAGUUUACAUUUCAAUUAAUUACUUCCAUGUUUAUGAACAUAUAUAACUUUAUAUUUAUUUUGUUCUCAUUAUUAACAUUGCUUCCUUAUUAUAGAGCAUCUCUUCCCUGAUUGGCUGCCUAGCUCUGAUGUCACUGACUGUAGUUUUAUAUUAUAUCUUAGUUUGAUUAAGGAAAAUAAAUGUUUAU